AUGCCUCUCAGCAGAGCGUCGCUGGGCUUCCUCGGCCUGUUCUUCACGGCCGGUGCCAUCCUGCUCAUCUUCUUCACACUCUUGGGCGGAGCGCGCAACAGCACACCAUUGAAUGAGGUGUACUUCCUCCAGGCCGACACGGGCAAUAUCCCUGGAGCUCCGGCAACCUCGCGUUGGACGUUCUGGAACCUUUGCAGUGUGAACUCCAAUGGUCGCAAUGACUGCGGAAGCACGCACGUCGACUUCCCCCUCGACCCCCCAAGCAGCCGUAACUUCGGCACUACCGUGAAUGUUCCUCCUGAGUUCAUCGGAACCAACCACUACUUCUUGACGUCUCGGUUCAUGUUCCCCUUCAUCAUCAUCGGCCUCUUCUUCACCACUCUCUCCCUCUUCACGGGCCUGCUGGCCAUGUGCACGCGCUUUGGUAGCUACUUGUCUGGUUUCCUCGCGUGGCUGGGCCUUACCUUCCAGACAAUCACUACCUGCCUUAUGACCGCCGUCUUUGUUCAGGGUCGGAAUGCCUUCAACCGUAACGGCCAGAGCUCGAAGGUUGGUACCAAGGCUUACGCCUUCAUGUGGACCGCGACGGUCUGUCUAUUCCUCUCCUGCCUGCUAUACUGCAUCGGCGGUACGGUCGGUCGUAAGGAUAGUGGCUACAGCGGACGCAAGGAGCGCCGCCGUGGAUUCUUCUCUUCUGCCCGUUCCAACAGCGUGAAGAGCCAGAAAAAGGAGCAGCCAUCCCUCGCUUAA